AUGGGCAAGCAUAAGAAGUUCGAUGAGAAUGGAAAGGUUAAGACCUUCAAAUCCCUGGAUACAGAGCUCGGAAGCAAUAGAAAGCCUAAGAUUCAGAGUAGUGGAGAUGCCGAAAGUUUCAGUAGAAAAGUCCUAGUAAAGCUUGAUGUAGAUGAACGAUGGUUUGAUCAUGGCUUCAAUGAGACCCUAGACCAGCCUAUGAACCAUAUGAACGAAGUAUAUCUGAAUCAAGUCAAACGAGCGGAGAAACUUUUGGCAAAGGAGAUCGAAGCCCAUUCUAAAAGUAAGGUUUUAAUAUUUUUCUUUGAGUUUUAGGUUCGAUCUCUCAUGUUCACCUAUAGAAAGACUUGGAAUGUCUUUUGGGUGUCCUUUUCCCCAAGAAGAAUAUAAGUGAUCCAAGAAAAUCGGUGUUUUUCACAUGGAUAAUAUAACUACUCCUAUUUUAGCCAAUAAACGCGCCCUCACAUCGGAAGACAUGUUCCUGGACAAGAUUGUGGAACAAGGAACAAUGUCCGACAAAUUGAGUGCCAUUCAGCUGAAGAUUGUUCAAGAUCCAGUCCAUUCGAUAAAACAUCUCGAAACUCUGGUCAAUUUCUUUACAAAAAAGCAAACACGAUCUCUUGUUGCGGUUAUGAGUAAGUUCAUGGAGCUUUUUUGUUGACCUUUGAAUUUUUUCCAGAGAGUUUUCGCGAAAUUUUCAUCAAGAAUUUGCUCCCUCCUGACAGGAAAUUGGUCCCAUUGGAUAGAGUAAGUUGUAUUUUUGAUAAUUUUAACUUUUUUCGAAACUUUUAGAGGCCUCUAGACCUUGUGGAAGAACUUUCCGGAGGCAAUGUGGACCUAGCAAACAAACGGUUGAUCCUUUGGCAAUUCGAAUCCGAGUUAAAACGACUCUAUGCUGAUGUCGUAAAUGGCGCACAAGUACGUUUGUCUUGUUUGAUUUGAUUUUUUCUGUCUUUAGGCUCUAACUUCAAGUCAAAUCGAAGGUGUUGCGGAGAAGGCGGUGAUAAUCAUCGCGGAUUUACUCACAGAACGACCGGAACAAGAAGACGUACUCUUGAACAUUUUAAUCGAAAAAAUUGGUCAUCCCAAGAAGAAGGUUGCAGUAACAGCAACCGAACAGAUCCAUAAGCUCUCGGAGAAGCAUGGAAAUAUGAGAUUGAUCUUGAUUGGGCAAUUGGAACGGCUGAUUUUUAGGUAAGAGAUAUAAUUCGAGGGUUAUGGAUAAUAUUAACAAUUUUUUGGAUGCCUGGGAUUUUUUCGGGCUUAUUAAUAUUGAAAUUAGGAGGAUAGAAGAUACGUGUAAUCUGCAUAGGCCAUUUGAUGACUUUUUGAUGGGGAUGCCACAUUUCUAGAUGAUAAUUAUAUUGUCUAUGACAAUUUUUGUCGGUUUUAAUGAAUUUUUAUAAUAUUUGGAGUACUAUAGGUAAGUUGCUGGAAUUUUAGAGGAAUUUGAUCACCAUAUCAUGGAUUUCUAUUUCAAAAAUUUAAUUUCUAUCAUCUCUGACCUAGUGGAAUAUAAAAUUAUGUAAUGCAUCCCAUUUUCAGGAAGAAUAUCCCAGAAAGAACCCAGUUUUACGCCAUACACACCCUCUCAAUCAUGCCCCUCCGAGAUGGCGACACAGAAGUUGCGGUGAAACUUUUGAAAAUCUACUUUUCCAUGUUCCGAAUCCUCAUCUUGAAGAAGGCCGUGAACCAUCGGAUGCUCACAAACGUCAUCCGAGGCGCAAACAAGGCUUUCCCGUUCGCUAAAGAUCAAGCGGCACAACUAACGGAGCAGUUUGAUGAUCUUUAUAAGGUGGUUCACACAGCGAAAAAGUUGGCGACCGCCCUAAGUGCGCUCAGAUUAUUGUACCAAGCAAUGGCUUUCAAGUGAGUUGGGAAUUUAUGAGCUUAUAAAUUGUUUUUAAAAAAAAUUGAUAUUCAAAUAAUUUUGUUCAUUUUUAUUUUUAGCUCCGGCCUUUCGGAUCGAUUCUACUCAGCUUUUUACCAACGAAUGCUGACAGUCCGCUCUUCCAAAGCCGAUGUCCAAUUCUUUGAUUUGGUCCAUAAAGUCCUCAAAACGGACCCGGUGGAAGAACGAGUCCGCGCAUUCAUCAAACGACUCCUCCAAUUGGCUUUGAUCAACACCCCGGCCUUUGCAGCUGCGGUUUUGUUGCUUUAUAACGCAUUACUAACCGAGAAACCACAAUUAAUCCAGUUGGUCAGGUAUUCGGAUGUAAGUUUGAGGGGUAAAAAGGAGUUGAAAUUGAUUUUUGGGGCGGUUACAGUGCACUGGACGGGGUUUUGGACUGAAGUUUUGAGCGCUCUGUGCACCUUUUGAGUUUAUUUUAUGCUGCACAGUGCAAAAAAAUGAUGAGUUUUGGAUUGCACAGUGCAAAAAAUCGAGAAGUUUUGGAUUGCACAGUGCAAAAAAAUCGAGGAGAUUUGGAUUGCACAGUGCGUGUGCGACAAAUUUUUUUCUCCCACCAUGCGAUUUUUUUAGAUUUGGGGAGGAUAGGUUACCCCGAGAAUAGGUUACCCACCGGAUAGGUUACCCCACCGGAUAGGUUUCCCCACGGAUAGGUUACCCCACCGGAUAGGUUACUCCACGAAUAGGUUACCCCUUACCAAAAAAAGAAAAAAAUUUUUUUUGAAAUGUUUUCGCUUCGGGAGUUGAAAAAAAGGAUUUUUUGUGAAAAUUGAAAAAAUUUUGAAAUGUUUUCGCUUCGGGAGUUUAAUAAGAAGGAUUUUUUGUGAAAAUUGAAUAAAAUUUGAAAUGUUUUCGCUUCGGGACUUGGAAAAAAAGGAUUUUUUGCGAAAUUUGGAUAAAAUUUGAAAUGUUUUCGCUUCGGGACUUGGAAAAAAAGGAUUCUUUGUGAAAUUUGAAAAAAUUUUGAAAUGUUUUCGCUUCGGGACUUUUAACAAAAGGAUUUUUUGUGAAAAUUGAAAAAAAUUUGAAAGGUUUUCGAGCUGACUGAGUAUGAACUGACUGAAUAUGAAAACUGGGCUUCUGUUACCUUACUGCCUUUAGGGAUUCUUUUUGAAAAUUUUUCGACUUAUAACACUUUCAGACGUUAAUGGUGUUGUUUUGGUGCCUAGUACUGCUUAAAAAACACAUUUUAAACACUUGGUACUAAAUAGUACUACCUGGUACGAGGUGCAAAUUUGGCCGUAAGGCGGUAAUGGCGUUGGUUUGGUGCUUAGUAGAACCCAAAAACACGUUUUAACACUUGGUACUAUAUAGUACCAACUGGUACUGUUUUGUGAGAAGUGAAAAUUUGGCCAUGAUGCAGUAAUGGUGAUGGUUUGGUGCUUAGUAGAGCCCAAAAACACGUGGUACUAUAUAGUACCAGGUGGUACCAUUGGUUUUAGACAAAAUUUUAGUGCUGCCGGCACCACAGUUAACAUUCAGUCAGACACCCUUUUUUCUACUUCCGAUGCGAAAACAUUUCAAAAUUUUGUUGAAUUUUCCAAAAAAUCUUUUUUUCCCAGUCCCGAAGCGAAAACACUUCAAAUUUUUUUCAAAUUUCACAAAAAAUCCUUUUUUUCCAACUCCCGAAGCGAAAACAUUUGAAAAUUUUUUCAAAUUUCACAAGAAGUCCUUUUUUUCCUAGUCCCGAAGCGAAAACAUUUCAAAAAAAAACAUUUUUUCAGGUAACCUAUCCUCGGGGUAACGUAUCCUCCGAGGUAACCUAUCCUCCGAGGUUAUCUAUCCGAAACUUGGGGUAACCUAUCCGGUGGGGUAACCUAUCCGCUGGGGUAACCUAUUUGUUAGGGGUAACCUAUCCUCCGAGAACGAUUUUUUUAUUUUUUUUUUUUUGUUUUGGGUUUCUGUGCAUUUUUCGAACCGCUUUUUCUUGCACUGUGCGCAUGUUUUCGAAUUUUGUCGCUACUUUCGCACGGUGCAAUCGGAAAGGAAAAGUUUCGCACUGUGCAGUCGGAGGGUAAAUUUUUUGCACAGUGCAGAAAAAUCUCAAAAAACUGCAAAGUUAUAAGUAAUAAUUGUAAAUAAAAAAUAAAUCGCCCAUAAUUUUCAGAAGACCAUCCCGAAGUCGGAGACUGGUUUGGCCGUGAAAAAGGAGGAAAAGGAGGACAGUGAUGAGGAAGAACAAUAUUUUGAUGUCCCACUACCCGAAAAACCUCAAGUUAACGGCCUAGGUGACGCUCCAAAGAACGGAAAGUUCAAGAAGAAGAAGCUGAACGGCAAAAUCCAACAAAAUGGAGUGAAUUCGACCGAGGAAAAGGUCGAAAAUGGAAAAAUUUCCGAGGAAGAACAGAAAGUCGGCGAAAAAUCGAAGAAAAAGACUGCAACAGGCUGGGUUUACCGUGAUUUGAUUACAAAAGAGGCCCAGAAGCAUCAAGGGAAUGUGGAUUAUGAUCCGUUCGCCCGGAAUCCACUCUUUGCACACGCCGAAAAAUCGGUCGACACGGAACUUUUGGCCCUUUCCCAGCAUUACCAUCCGUCCGUAGCGGUCUUUGCGCAAAGAAUUAUGGAUGGACUCUCGAUUAGCUACAAAGGAAACGCCCUAAUCGAUUUUACUUUGAUCAGAUUCUUGGAUCGGUUUGCUUUUAAAAACCCCAAGGUUAAAACGGCCGAAGAUGGAAAAUAUCGAGGAUAUGUGCCCAGCGGAAUUAAAAGAAUGAAUGUUACGUCGACGGUAAGUGAUUUAAAGUGUUUUGGAGUUGGUUUGGAGAGAUUUGGGCUUUAAAAAUUUGAACUCCCGCCAAAAUUGGCAUUGUGUUUUAAGGUGGGAUAAGGGUGUAAAAGGGAUUGAAAUGGGGAAAUUGGAGGUUAUAGUUGGUAGUAGUAGCAGGUUUUCUUUUGGAGUAGUGGUUUAAAGAUCUUUUUGGCCAAAAUUUUAUAUUAUCCAUGAAGGGUUGUUGAUUUUUUGGCAAAUUUGAUGUUCAGUUUGUGAUUUGAAAGUUAAUGGGCAUUUUUGGGUUAUUUAUGGCCUUUGGAAAGGUUGCUUACAAGAAUGUUGUAUUUUUAAUAUCAAAAUUAUAUUAUCCAUGAGGAUUUCCGAUAAUUUUUGGUCAAAAUUUGAUGAUUUUGGGCAGUAAAUUGAAAAGUUAUGACUGAAUUAGAUUUUUGAUGGUAGUAGAAGCUUAGUUGGAUGAACUUUCCGAAAUGUUUUUUAUUUAGGAGUACGCGAACAUGCAAGAACGAGAAAUUCCCCAAGACGAAAAGUUCCUCCACCGAUUCGCCACUGUCAAACUCAAUAAAGCCGGCAAGAAGAAGGAGGAUGGUGGAGAGGAUGAUGGUUUUGAUGAUGUGGCUUCGGUGGAUUCGGAAGAAUUUGAAGGAAUUUUGGAGCGAUUUGAACCCGGCGAGAAGAAUGAUGUUUUUGAUAUUGAUUUUGGCCAAGCAUUUGGUCGAGAAUUGUCGGAAAAGGAAGCCAAAGCCAAAAGAAAGCAGCAGCGAAAGAAUCGCGACGCUUUGGAUGAGAUUGACGACUCUGAAGACGAUGAUGACCAAGUACAAGGUGAAGAUGACGAAUCUGAUGAAGGUGGAGACUCGGAGAGCGAUGGAGACCAUGAUGAUGAUUCAGACGCCGAACUAGACGAUGAUGACGAAAACGACUCGGAUUUGGAGCAAAAUGGAGAUUUUGAUGACCAAUUUUCCGACGGUGAAGAUGAUUCGGACGAUGACAACGAGUUCAAAAAGAAAAAUUUGAAGAAAAUCAAGAAGCGCGGCUUCGAAGAGGACUCUGAAGAUGAUGCGGAUGGCGAUGCCAUGGCCAAGGCAUUCGAUGUUGGCCAAUCUCUGAGCUAUCUUCAGGACGCGGAACAUGCCGUCGAUUUAUUGGAAGAUAUCAGCGAAAGAAGGGAAGCUCAGGAGAAGAAAUUCAGGAAGAGAAAGGCACAGAAACCCCACUUCAAAGGAAAGAAACGAAAAUUUUGA